AUGAACAACAACAACAAUGCGCAAGGUGCCGGUCAGCAGGACUACCUCGACAAAGCCUUCGCCGCAGGUGCGAAGAAGUUUGGCGGCGCGCAGGGCCAGAAGAUUGCCAAUAACCGCGGCAUGAGCGAGAAGAUCACCGAUGGCAUGCGCGGCGUCUACGAGAAGAUCACUGGCAAGAAGGUUAACCCCAAAUACUCGAACUGA